UUUAGUGACUUUCUUUCUUUUUUGAAGAAAAAAAAAGAACCGACGGAGCGGCAAGAGCGGUGGGAUGCAGAACUGAACUGGACAUACUGAGGGGGAAAAUAGAGGGAACGCUGAUGCUACAAAAUAUGGAGUCUUGCCCGAUGUACAUGUGUGUAUUGUACAAUACAUUGAUGUAGCCAGCCAAUAUUUUAUAUUUAUCUGAACCGUUUUUUGUGUGACAUCUGCAAUGAUGCGGGUCGGGGAUUUGAGCAGGACCGCAGCGAUAGUGCUCUGUCUUUUGGGAUGCAAUGUGUGGAAAGCGGUAACCAAAACCCUGCAGGAAGACAACGAUAUAAAAGAGGUGACUCUGAAGGUUCACCUGAGUGAUGCCAGCACCCACCAGCCCCUGGGCGGAGCCACCAUCGAGCUCUUCGCCAACCACACCCCCCCUGUAACCACAGAGACCUCCGCUGCCGACGGCAACGCCUACCUGCGCUUUCCCUACCGCCUUGGAACCCUGCUGGUCGUCACAGCAACCAGACAGGGCUACGUGCCAAACUCCGCCCCCUGGAGACCCACCAGACUGCCUGUGUUUUCCUCUCUCAGUCUGGAGCUGCUACCAGAGAGAGCUGCCACUCUGAUGGUGUAUGAAGACCUUAUACAGAUUAACUCUGGAUCCCAAGGAUUGAGGGGUCAGUCCUGGGUUCAGUUCCAGCGUCGAGCCCUGAGCCUCCCUCCCAACUCGUCCUACAGCAACCUCACUGCCCUGCUCACUGUGGCCAACAACCCCAGCCACAUCCAGCACUUCCCCUACCUGCAGGGCCUGGGGGGCAACGGAACAGGAAGUGAGCGUAGGUUUGAGCUGACUCCAGUGGCGGCCAUUUCUGUCCACCUAUUGGCCAGCAAGGGGGUGGAGCUCCAGGUGAACGGACCAAUCAGCAUCUCCGUCCCUCUACCGGCCAAUAGCGGCCUGAAGGAGAACCAACACAUCCCAGCCUGGAGGUUCGACCCCAGUCUGGGGGCCUGGUUGAAGAGCAGUCUGGGCUAUGUCCAGAGGGAGGGAGACCAGCUCAGCCUAACCUACAUCGCUCCUCAGCUUGGAUACUGGGUGGCUACCAUGUCCCCACUAGACACAGGUCCGGUGGUGACAAAGGACAUCAGUACGUACCACACAGUCUUCCUAUUGGCCAUACUGGGAGGCAUGGCUGUCAUCCUCCUCUGCCUGCUCUGUCUACUGCUGUACUACUGCAGGCGUGGUUGUGUGAAGCCUCGUCUGUCCCAUCGGAAGCUGAAUCUGUCGUCUGGUCUGGAGGGCAGUAAGAGAGAUCAGGCCACCUCCAUGUCUCACCUCAAUCUCAUCAGCAGCGAGGUUCAUUUGGAGCUGGUCUCUACGACAACAGAACCCGACAUGACCACGCCCAUGCUCAAACCCUCCUCCUACGAUUGCCAUGACCUGGUCUCCCAUGGCAACCACAGUCGCAUGUCGCUAGGCAACCACAGCCAAAGUCGUCAUGGCUCAUCGCUAGGCAACCUGACGCCGCGCAGCAAAGACUACCGUCAGUCUGUGGAGACAUUCCCGUUAAAGUCAGCCCUCUCCACCGGGACGGAUGCCGGCUACCGCCAAUCAUACACCUCCAUCUGCUCAUCUACCAAUCAGCUCCCAGAUAGACUUUCAUCCUCAAAUCAGGUGCAGGCGUCGGCAGCUCAAUUGAGUGGUGUGGGGGAGGGAGCGACUAGUGUGUGUGAGGCUACCUCCCCCUGCUCUCCACCUGUCUCCCCUAUCAGAGGGGAGGGGUGUGAGCGCAGACCCCCAGACUACUUCCUGUCCCGAUCUGUGGACCACCUGGGCUCCCUGCCCCUCUCCCUCCCCAGGCCGGGCCAGCUGCUGUGCUGUGGCUCUGUGGACCUGCUGAGUGGAGGAGACGGUUACCCCAGGAGGAUCCGGCCCACCCUGGUGAUCCCAGCCCACUACAUGCGCCUGCCGGGGGAACACCCGCUGUGUGGCCAGGCCCUGUUCUUACAGACUGACCAGCAGAGUGACCUGGAGACCAUCCAGGCUGAGCUCAACGCCUCACACUCCCAGCAGCCUCUGGGGCAAACACACACCGACUAUGCCACCGCCUCAGCCAACCAGGGACUAAGAGAGGGGCAAGGGGAGUGGAGCAGCCUAUCAGAGUCCCUGUCUAUCCCGACAGCACUUGGGGAGGCAGGGAUUAUGCAAAUGAACGGCGAGGACACGCUAUUGGCCGAGAAGAAACUGAUGGAACUGAGGGGAGGGAAGCCCCUCACACACCCACGCGCCUGGUUCGUCUCAUUGGACGGUCGGUCUAACGCCAUCAGACACUCUUACAUAGACUUGCAGCGGGCUGGACAAGCCAAGGGGAAUCCAGGGGGAGGAGGUAGCCAUGGUAACAACAGUGGUGGUAGACAUGUCAACGGAAACGACGCAAGUCUGGACUCCGGUGUGGACCUGAACGAGCCCAGAGCGGGGCGGAGGGGGAGGGAGGUAGGAGAGAGGGAAAGAGAGAAGGACAGAGAGAGGGGGAGGACAAAGAGCGGCCCUCCUGCCAUGGCCUACACCCAGCUGGUAUAUGUGGAUGACCUGGACGGGCCGGACAGCGAGGAGGAGGGGGAGACUCCUGAGUGUAGCCCCCAGGACAGCCCUUUGGGUCCAGUGUUGCAGAACACACAGGGACAUCAAGAAGAAGAAGAGGAGGAACACAGAGGAGAGGGGAUGAUACAGGAAGAGGCUCCUUCACCCCUCUCCUCCCCCUCCUCCUCCUCCCCACCCCCCCUCCCAGAGCCAGAAGGCGUGGUCUUCAGGACUGAGCAUGACCAGACAGCCCUACUGGCUGUUGCCCCUGAUGACCACGGAGAGGAGGAGAAGAAGAGCCCCUGGCAGAAGAGGGAGGAGCGCCCCCUACUGGCAGCCUUUAACCUCAAAUAACCUCUGACCCUUGAACUAUGACAUUACUUCCCCCCACCACCCCACCCCAGAGUGGCAUGAAGAAGGAUUAGCCAGCUAUAGAUGUCCAGACCAUUCAGGAAGUACAUCUGCACUGGGAGCUAAAUGGAACUGUCAGUGAAUGGAAACGAUUGGAACAGUUGGAACUCCAUUGGAACUCCAUACAUCCUAAUCUCUUUUAUGACAUGUCUAAUCCUUACUGUGUGUCAUCCUAGCCCCACACUACAUGGACAGGCCACUGACUAGACAUGCCAUAGAGACUUUGUCUGAGUGAUACAGAUGAACUCCUGAAGUUAAAAAAACAACGUCAGAGAACAUGUUAUGCACAACUGCUAUGCCUUUAGUAAAUUAGCUGUCAGCAAAAAGAGGCUGUAGAAUGAAGCAGAGACAGACAAUGAGUGUGCUUCAAUACUUAUCAGCAGCUUCCUUUCCUCAGUCUUAUCUGCUUCAGUCCACUGAUCUGAAAAGCAUCGGACAAGUAAAAGCAAUAUGGCGGAUGUCUAUUGGCAGGUCUAGGUAGAAGGGGUAGUAGUGUUUUAAGAACAGUAACUAGGACACAGGAUAUACAUACAGCAGGAAAGGAAGCUACUCAAAUGUACUCUAAUGUAGAAUUCUGCAGGUAGACGUUGCCCAGAGCACAGAUCUACGAUCAGUUUCCCCCCACAAGUCUUCAUCUGGGCGGCAGGUAGCCUAGCGGUUAUAGCGUUGGGCCAGUAACGGAAAGGUCAAUGGUUCGAAAAUACCCGAGCCAACAAGGUGAUAAAUCUAUCGAUGUGCCCUUGAGCAAGGCACUUAACCCUAAUUUGCUCCAGGGGCGCUGUACUACUAUGGCUGACCCUGUAA